UUGCCUCUAUGCAUCGUAGGAACGAUGUUAGGCCACCACCACUAUCCAAAUGCGGAGAAAUCCCAACAAUUGAUCAACUAUGUGGAGGAUUAUCUGGAAUGUGUUGAGUCCCUUCCUCUGGACAUACAAAGAAAUGUUUCUCUGCUACGCGAAAUAGAUUCAAAGUAUCAAGAGGUGCUCCAGGAGGUCGACGACGUGUUUGAGCGCUACAAGGGCGAGCAGGACGCCGCUCAACGCAAGCGGCUCCAGGGGCAGCUGCAGCGCGCGCUCAUCCUCAGCCAGGAGCUAGGCGAUGAGAAGAUCCACGUGGUCACCCAGAUGACCGAGCUGGUGGAGAACCGCUCGCGGCAGAUGGACAGCCACUCCCAGUGCCUCCAGGAGCCCGCCGAGUCGGAGCGGCCCCCCGCCGCGGUCGAGAGGCGCUCCGGGCCCCCCCAGGAGCCCCCGGCGCCGCCCGAGCGCUCGUCCGCCCGCCGGCCCCGGCGCCAGCGCAACAGCGAGAGCCGGGACUCGUGCCACAAUUCGGCCAACGGCUCGCUGGCGGACGACCCGGUGGACGAGCCUCCGAGCUCGCAGCCCCGCGAGAAGAAGUCCAAGUCGGCGAAGAAGAAGAAGCGCAAGGCCAAGCAGGAGCGCGACGCGUCGCCCGUGGACUUCGCCAUCGACCCCAACGAGCCCACCUACUGCCUGUGCGAGCAGGUGUCCUACGGCGAGAUGAUCGGCUGCGACAACGAGCAGUGUCCCAUCGAGUGGUUCCACUUCUCCUGCGUGGGCCUCACCUACAAGCCCAAGGGCAAGUGGUACUGUCCCAAGUGCCGGGGGGACAGCGAAAAGACAAUGGACAAAAGCCUGGACAAGAACAGAAAGGACCGACGGUCGAGGUAGCUCAGCGGCGCUCCUUCCCUGCCUCGGCCCGUGAAUGUGCGACAGAUCCGUCGAGGACUCUUAUGUACUGGUGCUUACCCCCCCCCCCCCCCUCCGUCAAAGGACUUGUUAGUUAGUGUUGUACGGUUACAUCACUGGUGGUCACCGCUGGCUGGCUAUAUCUUGGUUUUAUAGUCAACGGAGAGGUCAUCAUGUUGUUGUUGUUGUUGUUGUUGUUGUGACAUUUCCUCAGUCAGGGACAGCCAUUGCCUUGUUUUGUUUUUUAUUUGUUCCGUGAAACAUUCUGGUUCUCAGUGUGAAUGAGCAAAAUGUGUAUCCGUUUUGGUUUGCGAUUGUUGUAGAAAACACUCUAGUUUAAUACAAAGCAAUGUCUUUCCAUGUCUUUAAUGAGUUAUUUUUUUAUUGGAACGUCUGAACGGGUCAUUCCUGAAUCCAUUGAAACCCUUCUGAACGUCUCUCAGCCUGAUCAAGGAUGGUGGAGGCCCGCAUGAUUCUCGGAAAAUAAGCGUUUGUGUGUGACGUGUCUGAGGGGUCAGCAUUAAGACCCCAGAGGAGCUCUACACCUCUCUUUGGACCUCGUUCGUAUUGUUAAGCACUCCCUUGAUUUCACUGUUUUUUUUUUGUACAACAUAAUGAUAUAUAUAUAUACAAAAAUAAGCACAUUAAAACAAAGUUAAACAGACGAGUGAGCAAACGUUUCACUGUUUCUUUCCCCACUAGGCAAAGGUGGUGAUAACAUCGAGUUUCCUUUGCGUCGUUUUUACAUGGUUUGCAGUCACACCUGGCUUUCAUUUGUAAUCAAUCCCCAAAUCCCAUUGCUACAAAUGUCUUUUCAACACUAUUAAAUCACGACAACUAAUAACACUAAUAUUGUGAGUGAACCCAUUUGACUCUUGUGGUAUAAAUCACCCAGACUACUGAUAUAAUCAAAAACAAGAAGCAAUGACUCCGUUGUGCAAAUCUACAAUCAGGUGCUUGGAGAGGGCAAGAUAGAGCCUUUCACAUCCUCUUUUGAACUGAAUAACCUCAAACCUCUGGUCCUUGUGUUUCUCAUUUUUAUGAGCGAUCGUUGGGCCAAUAGCCUAAAGUCAAGCCCUAGCUCUAUACAGUGAAUGUUUCUGGUUUUCUCUGGUAUUCUGACUGAAGGGGUCUCUCGAAUCUACUACGGCCGUUUCUGUCCCAAGAACGCCAUAGAUGUGUCUAAGCAGCCCCACCACAACACUAACACUCCAUCUUCAUGUCCAAAGUGAGUAUAUUUGCACCGUUUUACAUCAACAUCACCCAAGUUAAAAAUUGUACAACAAGUGCAUGGUACACUCCAACAUUCAGACUCUGGAUUCUUUAUUAGAGUUGAAAGAAACGAUUUGUCACAGUUGCAAAGUUUAACAUUGAAAAUAAUAUUAACAAAAUACUUGUACAAAUACAUCACACAUGCUCU